UUUAAAAUGGAGGAGGUUGUAGAAGACGGGGAUGCUGAAAUGGCAAAGAAGAGAAUAUUUUGUUGUUUUUAUUGUUAUCAACACGCCUAAUUCUACGUGGACGUUUUAUUCCACACGGCUUGAAACAUGGCCAGUGGUGGAAAUCAUCCAGAGUUGUUUGAGGCAAAGCAACCAAGGGCCAAGAUACAAGAUAGAAAAGCUCAGCCAAACGGAAACGAAGGAGACACUUCUGAUGAGAUUGAGUGCGUGCACUUGUGUCCAGAUAUUAAUUCUACUGUGCCUUGUCUACAUAUGCCUGAUGCGUCCAGUAGUUCGUGUGUAAAUGGUCAUUCCAGUCUGGUGUCGAAAAAAACAGACAGCGCUGACACGGAUUGUGCUGUUUUAAAAAGUGGCAAACUUCGAGAGAAUAACAAUUAUGAUCUGAUGGUCAAUGGCGUGAUAGAACUGGAAGUCACUAAUCAUUCUUGUGAUGCUGCAGGGCAUGUCUGUUGUACGUCAGUGUCUGAUGAUCUACAAUAUUUGAAUUCAUGUGCUUGGACACAAAUCAAUGGAGGAGCAAGGCCAAAGGUCUUGACCACUAAUAACACGUCCAAACCAGUGCAUAAAUGUACAAAGAAAUCAAACUGCAUAUUGCCAUCAGAGUCGGGACCUGCCUCCACUUCCGAUGCACCACAUCCAGGGCAUGGGAAUAAUGCUACACCGCAUAAUGAUAUCUUCAGUUCAAUAGACCAUGCCACUGGUAUCGGUAGAGCUGAUCACUUACAUGAACCUCACACAAAUAUUUCACCUGUCACUGGCUUUCAUGUCAAUGGGAUAUGCAAUAAAAACAAAGCAUGCUUGCCUAAUGCUGGUCAAGAACAGUAUUGUGUUUAUGGAAAUGGACAACCUGAUGUUCCUGCAGGAGGAGACAAUUUUGACAUUGAUGAGGCGGCCACAGAUAUGAUUGACGAAGGUGCUGUAUGCGACUUUGAUAAACUUGUUGACUGGCAUAAUGUCCCACCACUCAACGGCCGCGAGGACACUGAUGACAUUAAUGGGUUUUAUAGUUAUUCCGACUCGGCCAGUACAACCGACAUUGACUUCCCUGAUGGGAACCUCUACAUGCCAUGUUCAAGCCGGAUUUGUGAUACGUCAGGACCUCAUUCGACUAACUAUUUGUGUGGUCACCACUCGCCCUUGUUUCACCACCCUGGUGCCCACAGUCGGGAAUCUUUUGACACUGUUGAUCAUGCGAGCCAGCAUAGUAACUUAUACUGUGAUAAUCCAGAGACGCCCGAGUCGUGUGAUGAUACUGGUGAUUUUAUCGAUGCCGACCUUCCAGACAAGGCAUUGAGACUGUUGUCCAGUUCGGCUGGAUCCUCGUCCCUAUCGUCAUGCGAUGAGGACGAGAUGCCAUUGUGCUGUGUGUCCAACCCAGUCUUCGGGGAAAGCAAGGAGAACAAUCUUUCUCUCGAAGGCUUUAGAUGUGCGAAAGCCGACGACGGUCCGAGUGUCCAGCGAAGAAACCACUGCUGUUCUGGUGACUCUGUUCAUUGUGCACGUACCGGGCAGAUCUACCAGAGAGCCAGCAGCGAGAGUGAGAACGAGGAGGAGUAUUCCUGUCACCCAGUGGCUUCCUUUGUUAACAGCGACAAUCACACCGCAGAGGGUGCGUCGGGUUACGACAAUCACUCGGACAGUCCGAGUCACCACGGCGUCCACUCGAGCGGUGGCGGCACAGAACACUGCACUGGCAUUCUCAUGUCGAGCGGCUACUUCCUGCAUCAGCACAGUGACCUCAGCCAGUACAUCACGGCCAGUAGUGGUAGUGUUCCCUCACUGUUGCCAAUGGCAAUGCAUCACGGGCCGCCAGGUUCCGCUAGCAGUCAGCUGAGUUCCGACGGUAUGAGCUCGUGUGUAAACAAUCUCAGUCAGAGUAUGUCAUUUCCAAUGGACUUGGAAACUGUGCAUGGUUGCCAGGGUUACUAUUUCCCUUCAAACUUCCAAAACGAUGAAAGCAACACGAAACAGAAAGUGUUUUUCAAGGUUAUUAAGGACCGUGGGAAAUUCGUGCAUUGUGUCAAGCGGGAUGCCUCCCAUUUGAAUUCAACGGUUUAUUGUGAGCAUGCUCUUUCUAGUCAUGUGGAUAGCGGAGAAUGUGGGGAAUCUGAUGAAGUUGACCAGUCGUUCUUUCCAGACGUAGUUGUCACACAGUUAGCUUCGGAAUUGGAUAAUGUUCGAGUGAAUUCAGAGUCGGGUGUUUCCGAGCCUAUUUAUGAAGAUAUUGAGUGUUUUCCUGACUGUGAUGAAUAUGCUAACAUGGCGGCAGCGAGCGAGUCGUCGGACCACUCUCAGAAAAUAGUGGAUUUGCACUGUAGAAAGUCUCAUCAGAGAUCAGUACUUCGUAGAAGGGAUCGUGUCCCAAAUGGUGGCAGCAAGUCUGGUAUUGAGAAGGUGAUGAUCUGGAAAGAGUAUGAGGCAUUUGUGCUGCAGGUCAAACAGAUAGGAACAUCUGCAUGCGGUCCAACAGCCGUGCUCAAUGUAUUGAGAGCGUUUGAUGUGACUGCUGACAAGGAUGAGGUGUGUAAGCGGAUCCACACGAACCUGCGUGAAGAGUCGGCUCACAUCCCACAGUAUCUCUUCUCCAGAGCUGUAGCCGGUACAACAGCAGAGGACUUGCUGCAUGGUAUUGAAUCGCUGACCGAUGGCAAAAUACGGGGCCGGUUUUUUCACUUUUGGCCGCCACGAGAUAUCAAUCUACUCCAGUGGCUGGGACAAUGGAUGAAAAAAGGAGCCGUGCCUUUUGUGACGUUGAACCUUCAGAAAGGUGUAAAACCCGGGUGGACAAUACCGGAUGCAUGGCAUCAUCAGAUGGUAUACGGCGUCAGUUCAAAGGGACUCUACCUAACGAACCCACUGGAGAUUGUUCCCGAGGAGGUGGUGCUGGAACAGCUUGUCAGUAACUCUGUGUUGCUGGUGCGACGACAAGACAUCGUCGAUCGGCAUCGCGACACCACAGACCUGGGCGACUUUCUCAGACAUCCCGACUCGAGGUGGCGGACCAUGAACGUGCUUGGUCAGGUGAUAAAUGUGUUACGAGAGGACAACAUGACUCACGUGCCCGGUUAUCGAGCUCAACUGACGUCACACAUUUCAAUCCCUGCUGUGUACAAGGCGGGGAUAACAUUGCUAGUGAACAGCCAGACCGACUUGUGGCAGGAACUACAGUCUGUGUCCGAACUGCCCAUCCGAGAUGGCAGACAGACGUGUAACAUUAGCGAUGGUGUCGACUCGCACAGCAGUGUCAACAGAUGAACGGCGAAACCCACACCAAGAGUUCCUUUCUUUCUUUUGACAAGGAAGAAUAUUUAUUUUUAAUUCAAUGCCUUAUCAUUAAAAUUGCCACGCUUUCUUUAAGGGGCAGUCACGAGCGUAACUUUGUUUCACACACAGCAUUGUUUUAAGCAAUGUCUCGCCAUGUACUUGUAUGCAGUGAUAAACGACUCGUGAAAUACUUGAUUUUUACCAAUGAUUUCUUUACAUACAUAACCUGACACACUACCUUGGUUUAAGUGCCAAGUGUGACCAUAUACUUGCAUGCAGUGAUAAAUGACUGGUAAAAAAAUCCUGAUUACAGUUGAUUUCUUUACAUACAUAAACUGAUCUCGAUCUUUGUGCAUCUGUCUCUCUCUCCCCCCCCCCCCCCCCCCCCCACACACACACCCCGUCCCAGUGGACUGUUCUGAAUGUCCCAGCAGCCAUUGAUUGGCUAAAAUCUGUUGUCAAAAAGGAUCACCCAUACAAAUAUAUCUGGUCAUGUGAUCAACCCUCCCUUCUUUCUACUUCAUUCUUGUGGUCUGGACAUUUUUCUUUUGCUCUGACUAAAUAUAAGUCAUCAUUUAAUCUGAGCUUUCUUUUUCUGUUUCUUAAAGAUAUGGCCACUUGGCUGUUGAUUUACUAAAAGCAGACACAUAUGAAUUAUGUCACUUGAAAUAUGCAUUCUUUACACAAAGCUCCAAAUUCAGUCUAUGGAGUGGGGAGCAAUCUUUGCUUCUCAGAUUUCAAAGAAAAGCAAAUGCUGGAAAUUGAGAAGCAAGUUCAAGAAAUUAAGUCUCAAAAUUAUAGUCCAUCCCAUCCUACAGAAAUGUUUUUUGUUAAUAAUUUCAGUUUUGUUUGACGUAAGAAGAAAAGUAAAAGUGUUUUGGAAAUAACAAAACAUAUAUAUAUAUAUAUUUUUUUGUGUGCAAGUUACAAAACAGUUGACUUAGAACAAAACAGUUUGUAGUAAAUUCCAUAGUAUGAAAAAAGGUGUUUGGUGUGGGACGGACUAUAGACUUGUAGUUCAGCUUAUUUUGUGUGGAAGACGAGAGAAAAAUGUGGAUAAAAACAAGAUUUUGAAAAUGAAGAAUUCCUGAUAAUCUGAAAUACUGUCAAAAAGCUGCUUGUAACAUUGAUUAUCAAAAAGCGUAAUGUACAUUUGUGGAUUUUGAACUUUGUUUACAUUCCUCUUCCACUAACGUUUGCUGCUAUAAGCCAUUUUGAAAGCAUUAUGAACAGGUAAAUAUAGCCAAAACUGCACUUAGUAAUACUACACAGAAAUAAUUUAAUUAUGUAAUAAAUAUAUUUACAUUUGAUGGGGAAUAACCAAAGAAAAUCCGAAUGUACUGCAAACAUUUUGUGAUUAGUCAUUUCAAUGGUGUCUAUGUACUGAUCGUGUACACAAAAACAAGUGAUAAACAACUGCCUUAAAUAAUAGUGCACUCUCUAAAUAUGGUGUGGUUCAGCACUUAAUGUUUAGCAUUUACCAUAGUUUGACAUACAAUAGCCGAUGUAUUUUUCGUGCUGGGGUUUCGUUAAACAUCUAUUCUAUUCUCUAAAUCGGAUUUAAGAGGGACUGAUGAAAUGCACCAAUAUCCACACAGAGUUCCGUAUUAAAUCGAUAUUAUCGAAGCUAUUGUCACUGGAUGGGGGCAGGACAUGGCCCAGUAGUAAAGCGCUCGCUUGAUGCGUGGUUGGUCUAGGAUUGAUAAUUGAUGAACCCAUUGUGCUAUUUCUCGUUCUAGCCAGUGCCCCAUGACCGAUAUGUCACAGGCCAUAGUAUGUGA